AUGGCUACUACUACUUACCAUUCUCGAUCGAACAGUUUCCCAUCUCAAUCUCAUCCAGCGAUCGAAAGCGUUGAAGACCAUUUAUGCAGAUUGAGGGCCGACUCAGAAUCCACUUCUGUGUGUUCUAACUUGGCUAGCCUCAGAAAUCUACACGAAGGCAUCAAUGAUUUGAUUCAACUGCCUUCAAUUCAGCAAACACUUUCUCAAGGAAAUUGGAUAAACGGGUUGCUCGAGGGAUCUCUCAAGCUCGUUGAUCUAUGUGCUAUUUCUAGAGAGAUUGUUUCUUUGACCAAGGAGUCUGUUCAAGAUCUUGAAUCCUCCAUCAGGAGAAAUAAAGCCGAAGCAGCCUCAUCAGCCGAUGUUAGUGCUUAUGUGGCCUCAAGAAAGAAGAUCACUAAGAUGGUCAACAAAAGCAUCAAGAAUUUGAAGAGCUUCAACAACAAGUCUACAACAGAUAACGAAUUAUGGACAAUGAUGAAAGAAACAGAGUCCCAUGAUUUAUCAAUUCUAAAGUCUGUCUUAAUCCUCUUGUCUGGGGAAAACGAAAAGUCAAACAAAAGAAGUUGGUCGUUGCUUUCAAAGUUCACAACCCAAAAUAGCCGUGUUUGUUCUGAAGUCGAGCAAGAAAGUGGUGCUGAGGAUUUGAGUUCGUUGAUCAUCGAAAAGUCAACAAAAAACAUGGACAGCAAAAACAUGUUGAAACAGUUGAAAUCAUCGAAAAUGAUCAUUCAAGAACUCGAAGAGGGAUUAGAAGCCUUAUUUAGAAGUUUAGUGAAAAACAGAGUUUCACUUCUUAAUGUUCUUAGCCAUUAG